AUGGCUACCAACAAUAAGAAGACCCUCACAGUCACAAUCGAGAAAAGAAGAUCGAACGAAUCGCUAUCAGUCCGAACCCCCCGCACAGCACGCUUCGCCGAAGCUACAGCAGUCAACUCUCCCAUCGACGGCCCAAAGUCUCCUCUGGGCUUCACAACGAACCACUACCGACCGCAACCACAAGUAUCCGACGUAGGCUUCGGCUACGUCCAGUCAGUCGAGAUGGAGGAAACAGACAGGAGAUACCUUCCUCCACCAACACCCAAGACACCACUCAGGAGCGCGAUGAAGUCUCCCGGCGCACCUCCACGGACGCCUGGCCAUGCCAGCAUGAUGCUGAGUCCCACAUUUGCACAGGAGCGAGAGCUUGAGAAGCACGAGGCAUCAACAGAUAAAGAGCAAGCGAAAGACUUGAAAAUCAAAGUCAGGGUACGAAUGGCAAAGGUCUUCUUGCGAGGAAUCAGCUUUGCUUGCAGUCUUAUCGUCCUCUCUAUGCUUUCAACAGUGCUCACCAUCUUCUUCGCGACAAAACAACUCCCAAAAAGGAACAACCUUCCACCAUGGGCAGAUAACACCAUGAUCUGGCCACAGGUCAUGCUCCUUGUUAUCGCCGUUAUCUCGCUGAUUAUGUCUAUCACUGUUCUCCUUGCGUAUUGGAGAGGAGGUCACGAGCGAGCUGAGAAGGUGGCAGCAUACUACACAGUAUUCGCCGUUGGAUUCUUCAUCUUCAGCAUCGUCAUGUGGGCCAUAGCGGCGGCAGUCUUCAACCAGAGCAAAGCGCAGAACAACAACAAGGACAUGUGGGGAUGGUCAUGCGUAGACAACAAACGCCGCCAUCUCUUCGAAGACGACAUUUCCUACGGACUCAUCUGCAGACUUCAGAACUGGGGUCUUGUAUGCUGCAUCAUCGAGGUCGUCAUCGAAGUCCUGGUCAUCUCCAUCUACGGAAUCGUAUUCUACCGAUUCUGGUCUAAGAGGAAGCUCAGGAAGUCCAUGGCUCAGCGUGACCGCGCCCGUUCCGAUCUCUACCUCGCUCAGCUCCGUUCGCAGUCCGCACCCAACACCCCUGGAUUCGGCCCAAUGUCUCCCCGCUCCGGCGGCUGGCGUCCUCCCCCAGGGCACCCUGCCUACGUCGACCCUCACUCUGCGGCCGAAAACGGCGAGAGCGAGAGCGUGCAGUACGCGUACGCCCGCGAGAUUGCGCAGCCCCAGCCCUUCCAGCUCCAGGCCCCUCCCAUCAAGAUCACCGGCGCGACCCCCAAGAUCGAUCAGGAUGGCUUCGGCUCCCCCGUGCGAACACACGCCGCCUCCCCACCGCUCCCCCCGCUAUCCCCCGGAUUCCAAGAAAGACGCAACGAGCACGUCGCCGCAGCACCAGGCGAGCAGCAAUACGCCGCGGUCCCCAUCCCCGGCGCCUACACACCACUCGCAUCGCCAUCGUACCCGCCGCCUCAGCAAGCGUCUGGCUUUGACUUUGGCCCCUCGGUGACAAAGUAA